AUGACAGCUAUAUCACUUCUUUGGCCAGAAAUUGAACAAAAAGAACAUUGGAUAUUUGAGUCAUUAAUAAUUGUUGCAUUCAUUAUAGAUGCGACUUUCUUAUUAGAAAUCUUAUUAAAUUUUAUCGCAUUUGGUCUGGCGUAUUUCACAAAAGAACCACAUUGGUUUUUACAUAUAUUUGACGCUAUUCUGGUUAUUACAACAUUUUUUUUAGAAAUAUUCUUACACGGAAAACAACGAGAAAUUGUAGGAUUAUUAAUCAUAUUUCGACUUUGGAGAUUGAUUAAGGUGGUUGGUACUGUUGCCGUUGGUGUAG